AAGAAAAACGAAAUAAUCCAUCAUCAUCAUCAUCAUCCACCACUACACAAAUCCACAAUCAUAAUCAAUGGCAACACUAUUUCUCAUCUCUAAUCCAAUUUUUCACACUACUAACUCUUUCACAUUCCCUUCCUUGAGGACCCCACCUUCACGCAACUCUCCGCCACCUCUUCUCCACGCCUCUUGCCGGAGACCGAGAAGCGCGACGGUCGUCACACGUGCCGGAGCCAACGCUAGUAGCUAUGCAUUCGCGAUUGCGCUUCCUCUUUCUCUCCUAGCUGUCACAGUUUUCACAGCUCUCCGAAUCGGUCAGAAGCUCGACCAAGAUUUCUACGAAGAGAUGGCAAAAAAUGAAGCUAUCAUGGAAAUUGAUGAAGACGAAGAAGAUGACAAUGAUGUCGAUGUAGAAACUUAUUUAGAAGAAGAACCCGUCCUUCCACGUGGCCGCAACAGACCGAAAAGGGAAGCUUAAAUGUGAUCUUCAAUAGAUUUGCAAAUGAGUAGGGAGAGGGAAAAAAGAGGUGUUUAUCUCUACGCUUCAAGUUUCCCUCAGUUCAUGUUACAUUGGUUAUCUUGAUAUCUUUCUCUCUUCUUAAGCAACAAUCAUGUAUUGUGAAUCUAAUAUGUAAGCUUAUAAAGGGUUUAAAUAUAAGGAAUAUUUUAUUUCUUCAA